GCCGGUCCUGGAGGGCACACCGAGUGAAUCCAUCAGUGACCCAGGCCAGACCUUUAUUCUUGGACAGACACUAAACCUGGCAGCAAGGUAAGGAUUAGAAGCCGACAUGGCUGCAGGCAUCAUCAGGAACUUCCUCAUCCAGGCUCCGACUCCGGCCUACUUCCCCAUGAUUUUUCAGCAUUCUCCGUGUAAGGACAGUGACUACGAGAAGAAGUUGCAAGAGAAGCCAGAGGAGAGAGAAGACGAGGAAGAGAGACAGGCAGAUGAAGACGAGGAGGACGAAGAAUCUGAGGCUCAGGAGGAAGAGGAAGAAGGUUUGGAGGAGGUUUUCUUAAACCCCGCUCACCAUGCUCUGGAUGUGACCAAGCAGCUGCUGAGGUUCGCCGACGUCAUCAAUCGCGAUGUGCAGCGCUAUUUCGGUCGCUGCUCGGGUGACCAAGAAGCCUGCGACAUCUACAGCGACUCCAUCUCCAUCACCACCAGUGGGCGUCUGCGUUACUAUGACGACCUGAUGAGAAUAGCGAGAGCAGGAAGUCCAGAGGUGCAGGAGAACAGCUUCGGGGCCUGUCCUGAAGAGCAAAGAGCCGCGGCUGCAAAAGGCAACAGCAGUGGGCUGGGGCCCCUGGCUGAACUGUUUGACCUCAGGGCCCCGAGCAAGGGCCGAGGCCAACCGAUGAUCAAACGACACCUCCCUCUCAGUUUCUGGACCGAGCCGAUCCCCAGCUGCUCCCUGGUCACUCUGAGUAACACGCUUGACAUCGCACACAGGACCGGCGCCUCGCCUUCGCAGGACCUCACACACACGGACGAUAACGCGCACAUGCACUAUAACGUCCCAGCGCAGCACAACAUGCACACCCUCGACAGCACUCAGCCAGAUUUCAGCGACCUGUUGGCGAACUGGGAUCCAAACCCGGAGCUCACUCACACGCUGACGGAGAACACAAACAUGCAGCACUGAUCACGCCAGCCUCAGCCUGGGACUGAAAAGACUCCACUUAUGAUCCUUACACAGUUUUCUGCAGUUUUAAAGGGUCAGGACAAAGAACCUGCCAUGUGAGCAGAGUGAGAUUUAGUUUAAUAAAAAAAUGUACCAGGACCCAUCCUGUCCUCUACUAUUGUAACAUAAUCGGAUGUGAAACUGUUACGCUUUAUUUCUGUUGCAUAAUAUUUUGUAGA